AUGGGGAUUUUAGUUUUGAAUGAUCAUUUUGCUGAAGAGUUAAGACACCGUCUGAUUUGUCCAGUUGGACAUUGCAAGUUCUUUAGCCACAGGUUAUACAACUUUAAAGGAAAAGAUGAUGCCGAUCCUUCUCUCAACUCAACCCAUGAUGCUUUCUUGAAAACCAAAUGCCAAAGCCUAUCAGAUAGCGUAACAACAGUGGCAAUGGACCCAGGGAUCGCUCUAUCUUUUGACAAUGACUACUUUAAAACCUUGAAACUAAAUCAAGGCCGUUCCAGUCUGAUGCUGCACUUCUUAACUGAAAAGGGCCCUGCUAAUAUUGUUGAUGAAGUGCUUGAUUCCGGAAAAUUUUUCACUGAAUUUUCCCAAUCCUUGAAGAGGAUGGGAGCUAUUGGACACAACAGGUUCCAAAACAAGAUUUGCCCUAGACUUGAAGAAAUUUCGAGAAAUAUAACAUGGAGUAGGGUCAAAGAAAACCCUGCCUUACCAGCUAAGCUUUUAAGGCUACACUACCAUGACUGUUUUGUGAGGGGAUGUGAUGCAUCAAUCCUGUUGGAUUCAACAAGCAAUAAUACGGCGGAGAAAGAUGCUCUACCGAAUCGCUCUAUAUCAGGCUAUGAUGUGAUUGAUGAAAUAAAAGCUAGAGUGGAAGAAGACUGUCCUGAAACAGUCUCAUGUGCUGAUAUUGUAGCCUUGGCAGCAAGAGAUGCGGUUUCUUUCCAAUUUAGGGAUCCUUUAUGGCAUGUUUUUACCGGAAGGAAAGAUGGUAGAGUUUCUUUAGCCUCUGAGGCUGAAAGAGAUUUACCAUCUGCAGGAGCAAACUUCACAACUCUCAAACAACAGUUUGAAAGCAAUGAGCUAGAUAUUGUGGAUCUUGUUGCUUUAUCAGGGGCACAUACCAUUGGAGUGGGACAUUGUAGGAUUAUUGCAAGAAGGCUCUUCAAUUUCACAGGAAAAGGCGACGCCGAUCCUUCAAUAGAUUCAGACUAUGCUAAUUUUUUGAAAACACAAUGCUCCAAUCUUUCUACCGCAGUUGAUAUGGACCCUGGCAGCUCAUUUUCCUUUGAUAGCCACUACUAUGAGGCUUUAAAUCAAAACAAGAGCCUGUUUGCAUCAGACGCAGCAUUACUUACAGACCUAGGAGCAGCUUCCAUAACUAAGAUAUUCUUUACACAUCCUAGUUUUUUCUUUGCUCAAUUUGCUCGGUCAAUGGUAAAAAUGGGUUCUAUUGGAGUGCUUACGGGAGAGAAUGGAGAGGUUAGGAAGAAUUGCCAUUUGGUUAAUUAG